UUUUGAACGUUGUAAUGGACAUAAUGCAAUAUAUUAAUAUGUAUGAUCAUGUCCAAAUAUCGAAUAUUUGUAUCAUGAUUCAUGUCUUCACAAUGAUUAAAACCGGUUGAUCAACAACAGUAUUUUUAUCAAUAUUGAACAUAUGUGUAUGUCAAUAGUAGUAGUACAUAAAAUAUAAUAUCACAAUAACUACUUCGAAUUAUUAAUAGUCAACAGUGAAGUUAUAAAUCUACUAAGGACAAUAAUUUAGUAUAUCUUCUACUUCAUUUUGAGUGACUAUAUACUUCUAUUAAACUCGCUCAAUCAUAUUUAUCAUAAUGGAACAAUAUCAUCGAAAAUUGAUUAACGAUUGUAUGUCCGAAUUAGUAUAUGUUACUUUUAAUUUAAAUGCUAUUGUAGAUAUUCUAUUAGAAAAAACUGUAAUCAAUGAGUGGAUGAAAGAUUAUAUUUUGGACGAUGAUGGGGAAUCAGACAGCAAAACAAAAUUGUAUGAAUUAAUUCAAGGGCGAGGGCCUCAGGCAUUUUCAGCUUUAUGUAAAGUAUUAGAAGAAACAGGCAAUCUUGAAGCUCGUGACAUUUUAACAUUAUACAAAACAAGUAAGGAAAAGGAAGAACAAUUAUUGGACAAAACAUUUGACAAACUCAUUUUGGAACAUGAUGAUUCAUACGUCAAAGUUCAUCCUGAACGAAAGCGCAUGGAUAAUUAUAAAGACAAUUUAAAUCCUCGUGCUUAUCCAAUGGGAUCAAAUCCUAAAGGCCAUGCUUUGAUUUUAAAUAUUAAUAUAAUAAAAGAUAGAGACGAAAGAAAAGGAUCAAAAGUAGACUUGGAAAACUUAAAAAAAUUGUUUAAAGGCCUUGGUUAUAUUGUUCACCCAAAAGAAGAUUUGACCGAAAAAGAAUUUAAAAAUGUUAUUAAAGAGUUCAUUAAUAUAUGCCAUACUGAAAAAGCUAAUUCUAUUGUUGUAUUUAUAAUGAGUCACGGUGAAGCUGGAAAAAAUUCAAGAUCAGCAAAUAUAUUAGCUGCUGAUGGUAUUGCAAUAAAUACUGAUUGGAUAAUUGAUCAAUUCUUACCAAAAAAAAAACCAGCUAAAACUAUACCAAAGUUAUUUUUUAUUCAAGCGUGUCGAGGAAAGAAUAGUGAUUUUGGUUGGAAACACUGCGAUGGUGAAAAUAAUGCGUUACAAAAUGACAGUUCCAAUAUUUCUGCAACCGAAUCAAUUUACAAUCGGAGUUAUAAUGAUAUAUUCAUAGCAUUUGCCACUGUUCCUGGGUAUACAGCAAAACGUGAUCCGAUAGAUGGGUCAUGGUUUGUACAAAAAUUGUGUGAAGUAAUUCGUACAAAUGCCUAUAACAAAGAUUUGGGUUCAAUGAUGCUAAUUGUGGAUAGUGAAGUACAAAAACUUAGUAGUACCCAGCAUGGGUCUCAAACUGUAGAAUGGUUAUAUAGAGGUUUCAACAAAAGGUUUUACUUUAAUCCAGGGCUGUAUGACGAUAAUUCAGAUAAUGAUUCUUCAAUAACUACUUCAACCAAUUCCACUGAUCUUUAAAGCAGAAUAUCAUUCUUAAAUUAUUAUUUACUGUUAACUAUUUAGUUUAAUUAAUACUUAGACUUAUGUUAAGACUGCAAUUUUUUAUAUACUUAUACAAACUUUUUUAUGAUUUUUAUUUUAAACAUUU